CUUUCGUCACAGGCAUAACCCGGAUGUAGAGUGCCAGUGCUGACAAAAAAAAUCCUACCCUGUCGUGGAACAGACUGAAAAAAGCCAGACAGGAGGCCCAGGCAAACAGAGGGACACAGCCAGAGACGCAGACAGACAGACAGACGUACAGAUAGAGGACUGCUCCCAGACUGACAGACAGAGGGCCCAGCUGGUCCAGCCAUGGCAUCAGCCAGCAGCACAGAUGUUUGAGGGACUUUGAUCUGGCCCCCUUCCACCUCACCUCAUCCUCGGUCAGUGGCUCCAUCCCCUGUCCCCCUCUCUCACGGCUGCUCCAGGGUGUUGCUGUGGGUUCCCUGGACAUUCCCCAGACGUUAUCCUUGGCUGGACCCUGGUGCUGUGUAUGGUGGUCUGGUUGAAUACUUAGCCCAUUCAGUGGUGUUUUGUUGGGCUCAGCCACCCCUCCACUCUGCCCCCCUCCUGGCUGGUGCUCAGGCUCCACUCAGGCCCCCCCCUGCCUCAACGCUGGCGAUGUCAAGAGUCCCGAGUCCCCCUCCCCCCGCGGACAUGUCCAGCGGCCCUGUGGCUGAGAGCUGGUGUUACACUCAGAUUAAAGUGGUGAAGUUCUCUUACAUGUGGACCAUCAACAACUUCAGCUUCUGUCGCGAGGAGAUGGGCGAGGUCAUCAAGAGCUCCACCUUCUCUUCGGGAGCCAAUGACAAGCUUAAAUGGUGUUUACGUGUAAACCCUAAAGGCCUGGACGAGGAGAGUAAAGACUACCUGUCCCUCUACCUGCUCCUGGUCAGCUGUCCCAAGAGCGAGGUGCGUGCCAAGUUCAAGUUCUCCAUCCUCAAUGCCAAGGGAGAGGAGACUAAGGCUAUGGAGAGCCAGAGGGCAUACCGGUUUGUCCAGGGGAAGGACUGGGGCUUUAAGAAAUUCAUCAGGAGAGACUUCCUGCUGGACGAGGCCAAUGGGCUGCUGCCUGACGACAAGCUCACUCUCUUCUGUGAGGUGAGUGUGGUGCAGGACUCUGUGAACAUCUCAGGACAGAACACUAUGAACAUGGUGAAGGUGCCAGACUGCAGGCUGGCCGAUGAGCUGGGAGGGCUGUGGGAACACUCCCGCUUCACUGACUGCUCCCUGUGUGUGGCGGGACAGGAGUUCCAGGCACACAAAGCCAUCCUGGCAGCCCGAUCGCCAGUGUUCAGUGCCAUGUUUGAGCAUGAGAUGGAGGAGAGUAAAAAGAACCGUGUGGAAAUCAAUGAUGUGGAGCCCGAGGUGUUCAAGGAGAUGAUGUGCUUCAUCUACACGGGCAAAGCCCCCAACCUGGACAAGAUGGCUGAUGACCUGCUGGCUGCGGCUGACAAGUAUGCUCUGGAGAGGCUGAAGGUGAUGUGUGAGGAUGCUCUAUGCACCAGUCUGUCUGUGGAGAACACUGCAGAGAUCCUCAUCCUGGCAGACCUGCACAGUGCAGACCAACUCAAAACACAGGCUGUGGACUUCAUCAACUACCAUGCUGCUGAGGUGAUGGAGACGUCUGGCUGGAAGUCCAUGGUAGCAUCCCACCCCCACCUGGUGGCUGAGGCCUAUCGCUCCUUGGCCUCGGCCCAGUGCCCCUUCCUUGGACCCCCACGCAAACGCCUCAAACAGUCCUAGUGUCGCUGGAUCCCUUGCUCAGCUCUGCUCUGCCCUGGGACCACAGAAGGCCCUACUCUGCUCUCCUCCUCCUCCAGGCCCCCUCCAGAACCUCGAGAUGCCCAGAUUGAUACCAGAGCUCCUCCCUCCCUCCCUCCUCCCUCAGCUGAAAAUACAGGGGGGAUGGUAUGGAUUUGGUACAAAGACGAUGAUAAAAAGGGAUGAUCCACCCUGAUAACUGAAUAUAGACAGUGACUACCUUGUGUUACCCUGUACACCUGUAGAGAACAGAGUGUUUGGGUAUAGGAGGGAGGUAGAAGUUGUAAAUAGAUUUUUUUUUUUACUUUACUUUUUUUUUAAGGCCUUGUAGCAUUGUGUAAAAAUCCAAGCUUUAUGUAUGAAAUCAGAAAAACAAACAAAAAAGACAACCAAAAAUGGACAAAGAGAAAGUUUUGGGUGAUGAAGUGCCACCAUGUCCCAGUCAUCUUCCCUGAGCAGAGAAGCACCCCUGUAGUUCAUGUUUGACAUCCAUCUUGUACAAAAUAACAUUUUAAGCAUUUUUCUCGCCGAAGGGCGAAAAGGAAGGUGAUUUUUGCAAGAAACAAGAUGGAGAUGAACACGUUUUAAUGUUCAAAAUGUCCAACCUUUUUCUCUAAGAAAAACGACAUACAAAAACAUAUUAUAUCAACUGUUUUUACUCUGACCCUUUUCAGGACUACUUUCCUCAUUGGUGGAAUUAGAACGCACUCCUACAUCACUGUCAAAACGCUAACAAAUGUUUAGUCUCAACACAAAAUACAGAUAUUUUGGAUUGUAAAA